CAACUCUCCUUUUUAUCUGUCUCUCUCUCUCACAGCAUGCAUAUGUUACUAUUAUCUGCAAAGUCACCUGCUUUUCUUCAACUAUCUGUUCUACAAUGACGAAGGGUGGCUACUAAAUUCCCAGAAAUUUUCCUCUUGUUCAUGAAAUUGAGGAGCCCAGCUAUUAGACAAGCUUCUAUUUCAAUGGGGGAACACAAUGAUGUGGAGUAUGUAGGGAUUAAUGAAGUGAUUUCUCCUAGGAUACAUAGUGGUAGGAAAGUCUCAGUGCUACCCCUUGUUUUUCUUAUCUUCUAUGAGGUAUCGGGGGGACCGUUUGGAGUUGAGGAUAGUGUGCAGGCAGCUGGCCCCCUUCUGGCCCUUCUUGGAUUCUUGGUCUUCCCAUUCAUAUGGAGCAUUCCCGAAGCUUUAAUAACUGCUGAAAUGGGUACCAUGUUCCCUGAAAAUGGUGGAUAUGUUGUUUGGGUUUCCUCUGCUUUGGGUCCUUUUUGGGGAUUUCAGCAAGGCUGGAUGAAAUGGCUGAGUGGGGUUAUUGAUAAUGCUUUAUACCCAGUGAUGUUUCUUGAUUACUUAAAAUCGGAGAUCCCUGCAGCAGGUGGUGGUCUUCUGAGGGUUAUAGCAGUGCUGGCUUUGACUGUAGUCCUCACUUACAUGAACUAUAGGGGCUUAACCAUCGUGGGCUGGGUUGCUGUUCUAUUGGGGGUUUUCUCAAUCCUUCCUUUUUUGGUUAUGGGACUUAUCUCAAUUCCAAAAAUAACGCCUUCAAGAUGGUUAGUGGCGGAUCUACACCAUGUGGACUGGAACUUGUAUCUGAACACUCUCUUUUGGAAUCUGAACUACUGGGACUCAAUAAGUACACUUGCUGGGGAGGUAGAAAACCCUAAGAAGACGUUACCUAAGGCUCUGUUUUAUGCUUUGAUUCUCGUUGUUCUCGGGUAUUUCUUCCCUCUUCUAACAGGUACAGGAGCCAUUCCGCUCAACCGAGAGUUAUGGACUGACGGGUAUUUUUCAGAUAUUGCCAAAAUUCUGGGAGGUGUGUGGUUGAGAUGGUGGAUUCAAGGGGCUGCCGCAAUGUCAAAUAUGGGAAUGUUUUUUGCCGAGAUGAGCAGUGACUCUUUCCAACUUCUUGGUAUGGCUGAAAGAGGGAUGCUUCCUGAGUUCUUUGCCAAGAGGUCUCGAUAUGGAACUCCCCUCGUUGGGAUCUUAUUUUCAGCUUCUGGUGUGAUUUUGCUUUCGUGGCUUAGCUUUCAAGAGAUAGUCGCCGCAGAAAACUUCUUGUAUUGUUUUGGAAUGAUUUUGGAGUUCAUAGCAUUUAUACGGUUAAGGAUAAAAUACCCGGCUGCGUCUCGGCCUUACAAGAUACCUGUAGGAACAGCAGGAGCCAUUCUGAUGUGUAUUCCUCCAACCAUAUUGAUUUGUGUUGUGUUGGCUCUUUCAUCGGUCAAAGUCCUGGUGGUAAGCCUUGUUGCUGUCGCGAUUGGGCUACUGAUGCAACCAUGUCUGAGGCACAUUGAGAAAAAGAGAUGGAUUAAAUUUUCCAUAAGUUCUGAUCUCCCAGAUAUUCACAAUUCUAUUCAUGAGAACACAGAAUCUUUAAUCAAUUGAGCGAUCAUGGUUCUCUUGCUGAGCCAAAACAACUCCACUACUGUAAUGCAAGCUGCAAAUACAUGAAGUCUCUGGAAUUAUGAAAGCAGCCAAUGCUGAAAAGUCUGGAAAGAUCUCUUUUCGGUGACCACAAAGGGUGAGAGCUUUUGCAUCUCAGCAUGUUAUUUACCGUGUUCAACUUUUUUAUCCAUUUUCGGCAGUAGUUGUUUCAUUGUUGUUGCUCGAGUCAUGGUGGAUGCAGACGAUGAUUACCAUCAACCUUUUCACAAAACUAUGUAAUUUGAAUCUUUUAAAUUGCAAUAAUGUUAUAUGAGAUGCAAUUUUUUUUUUUUGCGUUUUCUUUCCAUCAAUGACAUGUGAG